UUUUAUUUUUCUUUUUUGAGAUGGAGUCUCGCCAUGUCACCCAGGCUGGAGUGCAGUGGCGUGAUCUUGGCUCACUGCAACUUCCACCUCCCGGGUUCAAGCAGUUCCCUGCCUCAGCCUCCCGAGUAGCUGGGAUUACAGGUGUCUGCCACCGCACUCAGCUAAUUUUUGUAUUUUUAGUAGAGACGGGGUUUCAUCAUCUUGGCCAGGCUGGGCUCAAACUCCUGACCUCGUGAUCCACCUGCCUCGGCCUCCCAAAGUGCUGGGAUUACAGACGUGAGCCACCACACCUAGCCUCCUCUACCCCUAAUUUUAUAAGCUAUUAAGAAUUUGGGUGCUUUGCAGAUGCUGUCACCGAAGAAAACCGUGUACUAUUAGCCAUGGUCAACCCCACCGUGUUCUUUGACAUUGCCGUCGAUGGCGAGCCCUUGGGCCGCGUCUCCUUCGAGCUGUUUGCAGACAAGGUCCCAAAGACAGCAGAAAAUUUUCGUGCUCUGAGCACUGGAGAGAAAGGAUUUGGUUAUAAGGGUUCCUGCUUUCACAGAAUUAUUCCAGGGUUUAUGUGUCAGGGUGGUGACUUCACACGCCAUAAUGGCACUGGUGGCAAGUCCAUCUAUAGGGAGAAAUUUGAAGAUGAGAACUUCAUCCUAAAGCAUACAGGUCCUGGCAUCUUGUCCAUGGCAAAUGCUGGACUCAACACAAAUGGUUCUCAGUUUUUCAUCUGCACUGCCAAGACUGAGUGGUUGGAUGGCAAGCAUGUGCUCUUUGGCAAAGUGAAAGAAGGCAUGAAUAUUCUGGAGGCCAUGGAGCGAUUUGGGUCCAGGAAUGGCAAGACCAGCAAGAAGAUCACCAUUGCUGACUGUGGACAACUCAAAUAAGUUUGACUUGUGUUUUAUCUUAACCAUCAGACCAUUGCUUCCAUAGCUCAGGAGAGCACCCCUCCACCCCAUUUGCUCGCAGUAUCCUAGAAUCUUUGUGCUCUCGCUGCAGUUCCCUUUGGGUUCCAUGUUGUCCUUGUUCCCUCCCAUGCCUAGCUGGAUUGCAGAGUUAAGUUUAUGAUUAUGAAAUAAAAACUAAAUAACAACAACAACAAAAAAGAAUUUGGAAGGGCCUGAGGUCCCCCCACUCACUCACUGCACCCAUCAGUGACAUCAAGAAAGGACUUGAAAUGAAAACUAGCCUUGUACCAUGCUGUGCACCUCACAGCCACAGCUACCCCAGGAGAGAAGCAGAGGCCACAGGCUCAGGCAGUGUAGCAUCUCACAGCAGGGAUACUCCCCCAGCAACAGCAGCCAGAACAGCAGCCAGAAGACGAAUGCUCCAAGCUGGACCUGCUUUGGCCACAUGUGUGAUAAGCUUUCAAAUCUUACACACACAGGCAGAGGAAGGGGCAUUUCAGAAUCACAGGCAAAUGCCAGGAGUAUUUCAAAGUCAAAUAAUGCCUACAGCAGGAGAAAAAAAGCAAGAAGAAGCUCCUCAUCUCCUUGCUUUCAUGUUCUUGCCCCAGGGUGGGAGGUGCUAUUCCAACACAUAACUCACUAAGUUUUACAGGUAAACCAAAUGACAUUCUAGGUCUAAUCAUCGUUCAGGAAGGUCAGAGAGGAAGAUAAUAAGGACCAUUCACUGCAACCCAGCAGAAUCAUCACCAAGUCAAGGCCUCCUUUUCCAGCACCUCAUUUUAUUCCUAAAUUAAAACAGUGAUAACUGUCAGAGGCAUUUGAACCAGAGUGACUGUCUUGAAAAUGAGCUGUAAAAAUAAGGCUGAGACCUAUUGGUCUGUAUUCCCAGGAGGUUAGGCAUUCCAAGUCACAGCAUGAGAUAGGAGGUCAGAAAAGAUACAGGUCACAAAGACAUUGCUGAUAAAGCAGGUUGCAGUAAAGAAGUUGGCCAAAGCCCACCAAUCCAAGAUGACGAUGAACAUGAUCUCUGGUGUCCUCACUGCUCAUUAUACGCUAAUUAUAAUGCAUUAGCAUGUUAAAAGACACUCCCACCAACAUCAUGAUAGUUUACAAAUGCCAUGACAACAUCAGGAAGUUACCGUAUAUGGUCUAAAAAGGGGAGGAACCCUCAGUUCUGGGAAGUGCCCACCUCUUUACAGGAAAACUCAUGAAUAAUCCUCCUCUUGCUUAGCAUAUAAUAAAAAAAACCCAUAAAAAUAGCGAGCCAGCAGCUCUUGGGGUUGCUCUGCCGUGGAGUAGCCAUACUUUAUUCCUUUACUUUCUUAAUAAACUUGCUUUCACUUUACUCUAUGAACUCUGGCACAAAGUAGACUCUUUAUGGACUCACCCCAAAUUCCUUCUUGCAUGAGGUCCAAGAACCCUCUCUUGGGGUCUGGAUUGGGAUCCCUUUCUGGUAACACAACCACCACCUUACAUCUCAGAGCACAUGGUACAGGAAAAAGAACUGAGGGUCUGGAACUAUACAAACUUGGUUUCAAAUAUUGAUGCUAUCACUGAAUAUGAGUUAUUUAUGUUAUUAGCUAAGUUCUUCUAUUUGUAAAAAUAGAGAUGAUCAGAUAUAUGCUGAAGGUUUAUUGGAGGAAUUGAUGGAAAUAAAACACAAACUGUCAAAAAUGAUCCCUGCGAACUCAUAGGUACUCAGUAAAGGCUAACUCCUUUCCAUCACUAAAAAAUAAAGAGGAAUUUAAAUUAGUAUCACCUGGUGCACAGGAACCGAGCAAGGAUGCUGUCCAUUAUCGACUAUGGGACCCUGGGAUGGCAGGAAAUGGGUUCCCACACAGGCUGCUGCCUGCCCUCAGCCUCUCUUCCUCCUUCUGUCCUGCCCUGCUUUUUCAAAAUAAAGAUUGAUUGACUCAAAAAUGUGAUAGCCAAAAACUUCUCCCAUGCUCGCAAGAUCAGACAAAGUUGGUUCUCCCAUUGCACACCUUUAGCCUAUGAAGAUGGAGACUAGGAAGCCAGGAUUUAAGGGGGACAUCCAUGAGCACAAAUGGCCGUCUGUAGGAGAGCGGUAGCAUAGCUAGCCCCGUGGCAGGAUGUUGUCUAUAAGGAAAGUCACUUGACUGGGGAGUUCAUGCUCACUGUGAAGUUUAACUUGGAAAAAGUCACAUAUUCAGAUUUGGGCUCAAGAAUUUAAAAGACGACUUUUAUCUUGUAAUUGAUUGCAAUGUGGGGUGAGAUGGUGCUUAAUUUUUUUUUUUUUUCCUGCACAGUUCUUUAGGAUCUCUUUAUAAACCACUGAAAGUCAUGAGAUAUAUAAAUGUAUCACCUGCAAACCCAAUAAUCUGAUUGGGUUUGGGGACUUUUUUGCCUAGAUCUAUCUACUAAAAGUCACCAGAGUAAAGUGAAAAUAGCAACACAUUCAGAAUUGAAAGAAUUGAAUUUCUGUUCCAUUUCUGCUACCUACUAGUUGUGUGACCCUGAAUAAAUUAGUUAAUAUCAAUUGCUUACCACCAUCUGUAAAACAAAGGGGCUAGAAUGGAGUAUGAGACUGAAGAACACCCAUGUAAGAAUCACCCGAAGUGCUUGCUAAAAACCGCAGAUCCUAGGCUUGGCACUGCCCUCACUGAAUCCAGCACUGGGGAUGGGGCCUGGGAUCUUCAUUGUUCACAAACACCUGGGAUUUUUAAAUUUACUGUACUUGAGACUCACUGGAGAAGAUGAUCUCUAGACUGUAUCUCAGAUGGGCACUGUCAUAUUCUAAAUGCUUUUUGUUCUAGUGAAAGUGCUGAUUCAUUUGUAAAUCAGUUCAUAGUUUAGGCAGUUAUUGAACCCUUCUUUCCUUUUUACUUUCCCUAGCCAAUGAGGUUGCCCAUUUUCUUCUCACUCACAGCUAACCAGCUAAGGCUAAAAUACAACAUCCUGUCCAAUCUUCAUUCUCAAAUGAGCCAAAUAAAUUUCAGGGUCCUUGACUUUCAGGGCAGCGCCUUGUCCAAGAGAUCUCAUAGCUGUUUCCGAUGUUGUUUCCUAACUGAAAAUAUUUUUCUUCCCAAGCCAGACAACAGGGUCUUCAAUUUGGUUCCAAAGCCCUGUGUCUCUUCUACUUCCUGCAACUGCUCAGAUUUCUCUAGAAAUCUCUUGCCCAGCUAUUUGGCCUAGUUUACUUAGCAAGUUAGAGCAGGCAGGGUCACUGCACAAGGGGAAUUGGUACCAGACAAACAGCAUAUAAAAAUAAAAUAAGUCAGAGCUGGAGGAGAAUAACAGAGGUGAUAAAAUGCUAGUGAAAUGAGUGGCUCAUUAAAGGGUAAACCACCUACACGCUCUGUAAGAGGACCAGUCAUUUGUCCCGUGAUGGUCGGAGCUCAUGCGCCUCAAAGAGAGAAGUAAGGACAUGUGCUAAGUCUGCCAUAAAAAGAAAUGUUUUCAGUUUAAAUAUAUUAAUACAUGUAUUCUUUCUUCUAAAUACGUCCUUUCUACUUUUUGGUGUUAAAGUGCCUUUACCUUUUUGAAAUGGUGGUAACGGUUAAUUUUAUC